AUGAUUUUCAUAUCGGGAUUCGACCCUGCAGCUCGACAACCAUUGCUCUAUGAGGAACUGUACCUUAUUAUACACCUUCUGCUACAGAGAAAAUGGGUAAUGAGCAUCAUUCAAGCCAUGAUAAGCAGUGUUUCUGGCCUGGACUCGGCAACCCUACUUGUCCUCCGUCCUAAGAAGAAGACAAGGAAGGAGGAGUUCACUCUUGGCACUACCCUUGCUUGUAUGUGCUUGUGCCUUCUUGAGAAGAUGGGCGGAAACAGGCAGCCAUUGGCGUGA